AUGGAUCAGGAUGGUAACGUGAUUGUGGUGGAUUCUUAUUUAGGCCUGUACAAAGUCAAUCCAAGGACAGGAGAGAAAACCCUCCUGCUAUCGAGUGAAAAAGGUGUGGAUGGCCUGCCUUUCAAAUUCCUAAAUGGAUUAGAAAUAUCAAAGAAAAAUUUGAUUUAUUUUACGGAUUCAAGUAGCAAGUGGGAAAGGCGACAUCACAAAUAUGAGGUAAUCGAAACAAACCAUCUUGGUCGCCUCUUGGCCUAUGACCCUGUAACAAGAACAGGAAGAACGGUGCUGAGUGGCUUGUACAUGGCAAAUGGGAUUGCCCUGUCUCCCCAUGAAGAUUACAUAUUAAUAGCAGAAACCAGCAUAUGUAGAAUCAUACGGUAUUGGGUGAGCGGAGCUAAUGCAGGAAAAAAAGAAGUUUUUGUGGACAACCUGCCUGGGUAUCCAGACAACAUCAGAUUAUCAAAAACAGGCUUAUACAGAGUUGGAAUAUCUACUACUCGCUUUCCUAGUUUCUUUUCUCCUUUUCUGGAUGCUUUAGGACCAUAUCCAUUCCUGAAGAGAUUUAUUGCAAAGGUGACUCCUUUGUCAUUCUACAGCAUUUUUCUUCACAAACAUGGCUUGUUCUUAGAAAUUAACGACAAAGGAGACAUUGUGGCAAGCUUCCAUGACCCUGAUGGUAGUGUCACUUGGGCUGUCAGUGAUGUCUUUGAGCACAACGGGAAGGUGUAUCUAGGUAAUACAGAGCUGCCCUUUCUUGUGGUGCUACAGUAA